GACGGAGCGAAGUUGAUGUCGGCGUUCCAGAACACGGGGAUCACCCCCCAAUACUCCCCAGAGCCAAGUUUCGACGUGGGGUACGAGGAGGAGCUCUCGCCCGUGGAGCUGGUGGCUGCUGCUUCCGUCGAGCUCUUGUUCGAGUUCAUCUCCAAGUACGUGACCCUCGGCUCGCUCUACAGCCUCUCUCAGCCUCUCCUUGUCCUCAAGACAAGGAUCCAGUACCGCACAGUUCAAUCAGCGCCGACCCCCCGGAUCCAGGAGUUGGAUGAUGAAGGAAACGAGGUCGUGCAAGAGCAGAGGCCGCUUCCCCCGAUCUCAUGGAGAAGAAUCCGGCAUGACGAGGGGAAUGGUGCGCUCUGGAAUGGCCUGCACGCUAGGGUCCUCCAUCAAGCAUUAUGGCGUGCAGGAUCUAUCAGCAUGAUGGAGAUACUCCUUGCCUUUCCAGGCAACAACGUCAUAGGGAUUUUAGCCAAGUCGGUUUCUUCCAUCAUGCUCUUUGCCUCCCUCACCCAUCCGCUCGACGUUGUCUCUCACCGAAUGAUGGCCGGAUGUGCUGGUUAUACGAACUGUGGCGUUUACCAAGGGCUUGUAACAGCACUGAAAGAAGACACGGCUUACGAAGGGCUCAACACCCAGCUGCUUCUCAGCACUUUGUCAAUACCAGUGCGAUUCGGCUAUUUCAACCUUCCGGCGGGGUUUCUUUGGAUGGUUGGACUAUUUCCGCUGGAGAGAAAAGCAACACUGCAGAAGUUAUGCGGUCGGAGAGACGCGGAGGUCGCCAUGUCAAGAUUAUCAAGGGAGGGGGCUCAGCAGAAACGUGGAUGGUUUAGAAGGAUGUAUGGAGGACCGGGCUUCUCCAGGGGCUUCUCCUACUACUGCUACAUGGUUGGCAUCGAGCUAACGAUCGCGAUGGUUUCCAAUGCCUUUGCAGACGCCUUCCUGCAGGCUGUUCAAGAGUUGGAAGACGGCAACUGACGGGAGCGAAAUGCAAGGGAAGCAGAAGUUGUUGUUUCGCAUUAGACGAAGCUUUUUCUC